AUGCUGGGACUGAGAGCCAGAGCCUCCAGGAACCCAAUCUCGGCCAUCUCCUCCCCCCUGAACGUACUCUCCACUUUUCACGACUCCACGGCCGCCUCACAGUCACCGCUCAGCUGCAACCUCUGGACGACCUGCACUCUCAUUCGGGCGCAAUUAUUCACACUAUUCACUACUUUCACUUGCAGCACUUAUCCAUUGCUUCCUCGGUUCAUAUCCAACACCACCACCCUCGCCCUCACCACCACCCAGCCCACAUAUCCCGGCGCUUCGCCUGACCUUCAGACUCCAGUAGCCGCCCACGCCGCCGCCCUGCCCCAAGCUCACACUCCAUCCCUGCUACGCCAAUACGACCCCAAAGAGUACUUCCUGCAGUCUCCCUUUCGCAAUCGCGCCGCCUCUUCUGCGGCCCGUCGACUCCCUCACCUUUCCGCUGCUCGCCUCUGGAACCCAACCAACUCUACACCACGCCUUCCCGAUAAGCCUGCUCUUCGCAAAAGACGCCCUUCGACACCGCCUCCUCCCGCCGUUCCUCUCUCGCAUCCGACUCUCGAUCCGUUGUCCGUCGACCCUGCUGACCCUCUCGGCAUCGGCGCAAGCGACUAUCCGCUGCUGACUCUCCCGGAGCAGCGCCAAACGCGACAUUCGACAUCGAAUCGAAAUAGCCUCCAAAUCGAUCGCAGUGGGAGUGGUGCAGAGCAUCGCAUCAGCCUACCACCAUCAGUGCGCCAUUCAUACGACGGACGAAGGUCCGCUGAUCCUUCGCCAACAUUCUUCGAUCCCGACGCUCACCCCGCCGACGAGGAAGAAGAAGCACCUGCGGAACCUUCUGCCGAGACUCGAGUGACUGGUUUGAGGAAACGUGGGCAGAGUAUUUCUGAUCCAGUUAUACGAGAUUUUGCCAUAACACUCAACGACAAAGGGAAAGGAAAGGCAACCAUGGAGCCAGGCGCAGAGAAUCAGGGGCGAGGGACUUCCAGGGACUUGGAGCGCGGGCCCGAUGUGCUUCCACGUCAUUCAAAUGUGUCGGCUGGCGAUGGCAUGGGUAUUGGGUCGGCCAUUUCAUCUUCAAACUCGUCGAUUAUGGGAGAGGAACUGCCGCCGGAUCUGGGCGAAGAAUGGGGUCCGCAACACCCCUGCUUCCCCCAUAUGAACCCUCACGUUCCUCUCGACUCGCCAGAGUACCACAAUACUCGAAUCAUCCGCAUACGCCGAGACUGGUUGAUCGAGGGAGACUUGGCUCCGACGUUCUCCAACUUGUAUCCUGAAAUCUUGGAUCCGGCCGGCUUGUCAGAGCAAGAGUUCCGGAGGAUUAUCGACAAGCUCAACGGCGAACUCAUUCCUAUAUUCAGCCCAUACAACUGGAGAAACGUGGUCGAUAGCAUGCUCGGACUCGUUACGGGUUGGUUGUGGGAUGAUUUGGGCUUUACAGGUGUCAAAGCUCGGCUGAAGCGCCUGGAACGCUGGAUUGACCAGUGGAACAACGAGAUGGAAAAGACAAUCGGCAAUGAAGACAGUUCAAUGGCCCCACGAAUCAUUUCACUGAGGAAGACGGGGUACAUGACACUCGACAUCCAAAUUCCAGAUCCGGAAAUCGCGCCUGCUCCUAGCACACCUGGCGGUUCAAGGUCUGGAAGCCUGCCAAUGGAGCCGGCAACCGCCGUGAUGGCAUCAUAA